UCGCCACCUCAACCUCCCCCCUUCCGCCCCCUUCCCCUCUGAGAGCCGUCCAAGCCCUACUCCCUCCGGCCAUCAUCAUGGCUCCGGACGUCGAAGCCAACGCGGCGGCGGAAGCCCCGGAGGGCAAGAACUGGAAGCGGAAGGGGAAGCACGACAAGGAGAAGCCGUGGGACGAAGACCCCAACAUCGACCGCUGGACGGUGGAGAAGUUCGACCCCUCCUGGAACGAGGGCGGCCUGCUGGAGGUCAGCUCCUUCUCCACCCUCUUCCCCGAGUACCGAGAGAAGUACCUGCAGGACGCGUGGCCGAUCGUCAAGGGCGCGCUCAAGGAGUUCGGAGUCUCGUGCGAGCUCAAUCUGGUGGAGGGUUCCAUGACUGUUUCGACCACCAGGAAAACCAGGGAUCCAUACAUUAUUCUCAAGGCCAGGGACCUGAUAAAACUACUGUCGCGGAGUGUCCCUGCACCCCAAGCAAUCAAAGUACUCAAUGAUGAGAUGAACUGUGAUAUUAUCAAGAUUGGCAGCAUCAUAAGAAACAAGGAAAGAUUUGUCAAAAGGAGAGAACGUCUUCUGGGUCCUAAUCUAUCCACCCUUAAGGCUAUAGAGAUUCUGACUGGCUGCUACAUCUUAGUUCAGGGGAAUACUGUUGCUGCCAUGGGUACCUUUAAGGGACUGAAACAAGUCCGAAAGGUUGUGGAGGACUGCAUAAAGAACAUAAAGCAUCCAGUAUACCACAUUAAGGAACUACUAAUUAAACGUGAGCUGGCUAAGAAUCCUGCCCUAGCCACUGAAAGCUGGGACAGGUUUCUGCCAAACUUUAAGAAAAAGAAUGUCAAGCAAAAGAAGCCGAAUACUAAGGAGAAGAAACAGUACACACCCUUUCCGCCUCCUCAACAGCCUAGCAAGAUUGAUCUUGAACUGGAGAGUGGUGAGUAUUUCAUGAGUGACAAGAAGAAGUCAGCAAAGAAAUGGCAAGAUAAGCUAGAUAAGCAAUCAGAGAAAUCAGAGGAAAAGAAAAGAAAGCGAGAAGCUGCAUUUGUUCCACCCAAGGAGAACACUCAAUCCACAAAAACUACUGAUGACAACAACGGGAUUGCUGAUAUUGCGAAGUCCUUGAAGAAAAAGGCAAAGAAAUUGAGGAAUAGUGAGGCACAGGAAAAUGUGAAAAUAGAGUCAUAUGUUGCAAGCAAUGAAGAAUCACACUCCAAAAAGAAGCACAAAUCUUCAUCCAUGUAACAGCAGUCUGAAUUCACCAUGUCAGCGCCUUGUUUAAUUGUUUCAGUUUGUUGAACCAUUGCCAUCCUGGUAGGUCUUACCCUUAAAUAGAACAAAACUUGAAGCUUUCAGUGGUGUGCCAGUUUUGUUCUGUUCGUUAACAGCUGUUAUGUGAUCACAUCAGGAACAUCUAUUGUGUGUAAUUUACUACAGUUUCAACGGAGUAGUUCGAAUUA